UGAAGCAAUUAUUCGAGAGGAAAUAAAUACAUAAACAGGACGCAGCCAGUUCACCAUGAACAGAGUAAAUGGCCUUGACCAUUGCUAAGCAAGAUGAGAGCUCAGUGGUGUCAUGUGUUUGACCAAGUGGCCACAGAUCUCAGAUCAGGGUCUGAGCAUCACCAUGUAUCUAUGAAUAGUGCGGUUAACUACAGCUGAUGCCAUGUCUACAAGUAAGCCAUCCACCUGACUAUUAGAUGAUUCCAGUCGAUGCUUUGUUGCCAUGGGGAAACUGCAAAGUAAGCAGAAACGCAACAUAUCACGAUACAGGAUUGAUGGGCAUGCAGGCCACAGUUCCUCCACGCAAAGUGUGCAGCAAUACAGCCCGGCACAUAACGAUGCCGUUACAUCGAUAACGUCCCUCACAUCUGAACAAUGCGUGUCCGGUGGAAAGGACAAGACAGUGGUCAUAUAUAACUGGAAGUCUGGUGGUGUACAGCAGAAAUUCCUGGGGCAUGAACGUGAUGUCACCAAGGUAACGUGCAUCUUUCAAUCAAAUAGAAUCUUCAGUGCUUCACGUGAUAAAACUGCCCUGAUGUGGGACGUGAAGGGUAAAGAUGGACCAUUGCAGGAGUUUACUGGCCAUGAACUGGGAGUGACAGGCCUAGCUGUGAGCCCAGGUGACUUCCAAUUGUGUACGGGCUCCCGGGAUAACUCCUUGCGUAUCUGGGAUGUACAAACUGGAAUCUGUCUACAAAAAUCUUCAAUUUCCAGGAAUCUGGUGACACAUAUCUGCUGGAUCCCCACAGAAUCACUGGUCAUUCAGACUUCAGAGGAUAAGAUGAUCAGGAUCUGGGAUGUUCGUGAGCUCCAGGUGACCCAUACCUUCCCCAUGAAGCAGUACAUACAGACACACUGUGACACCAGUCCUGAUGGGCGAUAUUGCAUCACCUGUAGCAACGGUUUUGGAGGCGAGGGAUGUGAGGCCACACUAUGGGAUUUAAGGCAGGCAAAACUUAAGGUGUGCGAAUAUAAGGGACAUCUUCAGAGUACUGCAGCCUGCAUCUUUCUCCCAAGUGGGACUUCUUCAUUCCCUUUGGUUGCAACCUCUGCACAUGACUGUACUGUGAGGAUCUGGAAUCGCGACACUGCAGUGUGUGUUGGCUCGCUCUGCCUGGAUGGGGCCGGCACUCUGACAUCGUUGGUCUCUAGUGAUGCUGCUAGCCUCCUGUGUGGCAGCUUUAACACAGGAAUUCACUGUCUCCAGCUGACCCAUUGGAACGGCUGCAGCCUGAGAGAGGUGGCCAGGUUCUGAGCAAGGUGGGGAUGCCACCUUCCUUUGUGGGAGGCCCUCAGCAGAAUGGACGGCAGUGGAUCGAUCACAAGCGGAGACUGGAGCUGACACUUCAACACUGAAGAUAGACACAAAAAUCUGGAGUAACUCAGUGUGACAAGCCGCAUCUCUGGAGACAAAGAA